AUGCUGGAUAAUAUAGAAGACAAGGCUAAAGAAUAUCUGCGUUCUGAUCCAAUACUAUGGAUCCCAUCCAAGAUCUGGUUUGAGCUGAUCAGGCGACGUGUGCGGGAGAUUCAGAGGACCCAAAUAACCGUUGUAAAAAAGAACCCUCCCAAUCUUGGCAUCAUAACUGGCUUGCUCAACCACAUGCUUCGUUCAACUACAUCUACCCCUAUCAUCUAUGAUCGUCAUGUACGCGAAUCCCUUGCACUCCUUGAAUACAGAAAUGUACUCGAGACAGCAGGGAUGUUUUUCCUGCAAGACUUCGAUCUAGCCAGCGACACCUGCCUGGAGGAGGUGCAGCAAAUAGAUGAUGUAAAUGUUCUGGCUCUCAUGGGUGCAACUGCCAAGGCUCGAAGGGAUAGAGCGGUGGGAAGGUUGGAAGGUUGGAAAAACCUCGAGUCAGAGAUGGAAGACUAUCCUAUUGGUCGUACACCAACAUGGAACACACUCAAGACAGCCAUCGCAAGCUCUCCUGGGUUGAUAAUGAGGCAAUGGACACGUUCGACCAGUUUGUCCAUCAAUGAACUCUCCGUUGGACGAUUGAUAGUCAAUUUCACAAGACAAAUGUGGCUCAUGCUUACAAACGAAGUCUUUAAAGGUAUCACACCCUACCCAAGCUCGCUCAAUGAUGCCAUGAAGUGCUGGACAAUCACAAGCAUCGAUGACACCCUCGCUUCUGUCGCAUUUGAAGCAUGCAAUUCUGGGCUGCAUGAUAAUACAGGUGUCACUCCAGGUCGCAUGGGUCCCAAAUCGAAAGCAUUUUUGGACAGGUGCUCCUUAUUCUUCCCCGACCCUGAUGCAUCCCACAAAGAAAAAUCUCAGUGGUCCACCCUGUGGGAGGGAGAUGGCUAUAUUGCAGAGUUUCACAGAAUGAUGAAGAACAUGAAUGAGGAUCAGGAGGCAUCGCUCAAGCAAGGUUUAUGUCAGGUAUUCUCUGACCUUCACUGUCUUCCUGCCAGCGGUGCAAGGGUGUGGAUUCGAAAGAAUGAUGCGAUAGUAUUUGUGACGAAUCCCGCAUUUUACAGGAUUGAUUGUGUUGGAAGAAAUGGAAAGAGUCAGAGGAGAGCUCCAAGAGCACGUCGUACAUUGAAGUUGAUCAAGGGAAAGCACAUAUUUGCAGCUGAUUUGAUGGACUCCCAUCCAUUCGACACUGAUGGGAAUCUGAGAAGAAAGACAGAGAGGCAAAAGCGUCGGGAGAUUCACAAAAAGAUGACCAUGGCGAAGAGAAACAACCGGGUGCCCCCUCCUCCACGUCUACGCAAAAAAUCCAGGCCAUUCCCAAUGCGUGCAUCAGAACAUGUGGCAAGAGAUGAUGAAAUGGAGGUCGAUUAG